CCGCCGCAUGAUCUCACCUUAACUUCAUUUACACCAUGGGUGACAGCAUUCUCGCUGCUCGCGGAUCCUUAACCUAACCUCAUAUUAUGGUUAUUCAUAUUGUUGCUACAAUUGAUUUAUCUCCCAAAAAAAUGGCAAACAGACGGAUUAUCGAUGCUGUGUUAUCCUCUUCAGAUAACGAAGAUUUUUUUGUGCAUCGAAGGCCAAAAUUUGUGAGAAGACGCUUAGAUCAUUUCGAAGAAUUUGAUAAUAUCGCUUUUCCUGCACGAUUUCGGUUAUCGAAAGAAAGUGUAUAUGAAGUUCUGCAGCAUAUACGACAUGAACUUGAGCAUCGAAGAGAACAAAACCAUGUUAUAUCUCCGAUGAACCAACUGCUUUUAACACUGCGGUUUUAUGCGACUGGAACUCAUUUAAUUUCUGCUGGGGACUUCAGUGGUGUCAGUAAGACAAGUGCACACAGAAUAGUACAUAAAGUUACUGCUGCAAUUGCUUGACUCUGACCACUUUACAUAAAGUUUCCUACAAUGCCGAAUGAGGUAAAACAUACACAGUUAAAAUUCUUCAACAUUGCACGUUUUCCGAGAGCCCUUGGAAGCAUGGACUGCACUCACGUUAACCCUUGACUGGAUCCAUGGGAUCAAUUUGAUCCAGCUAUUUUUCAAUCGCGAUUCUCGUACAUUCAGGAUCUUUAAAAUUUUAAAGGAUUUUUUAAAUCUU